AUGUCGUUCAGACUAAGUCAAGAAAAUGUCACUGAACUCUCAUCAACUCAUGAGGGACAAUGUCAGCCUCCCAUUAGAUACACCCUACAUCGGGAAGACUUUGUAGAAGCCUUGCAAAAGCAAGAAUCCAAUUCCGUUUUAGAGCACCUUACGUCCGUCGAUGGUCUUCCAUUAUCAGCAUUUCUGCGCCGAGUUGUAUUUGUUCCCAAAUCCAUGAAAGCAGACGUACUUCUAACUGAGAAACUCCUCAAUGAAACCCUUGGUCGCGUGACCUGUGACACUCCUUGCGAUAAGGAUAUUAACUUCCUUGAGAAAGUUGAAUCACUUCACACUUUGUGUAAGGUAUCGGCAAACGAACGUUUGAUUCCUCAAUUUAUAGAAUGGAUGAAGACAAAUUCGGAGAGAUUGAAUGAUGCAUUGGCCAGUUGCCUUUUGCUGGAAUGUCAGGAAUUGGCACAGGAAUGCUGCUUUACGAUCGCAAUCUUAUCCAGGCGGUUACAUUUCAGUAUGAGGAGAGGAGCUGAAGUACUAAUAGACACCUUAAUACGCUUAAUGUCACGAGCUCUCAUACCUAGGGAGAAGAAUAUUACGGCAUAUCGAGAGGCUCGACAAAUUCACGAAGAACGUGAAAGCAUUAAAAAAUCCCUAGUAAUUUUUCAUCCACCACCCUUGACUUACAAUUACUGUGAAAUUUCCCAUCGCUUAAUUGGAGUAAUUUACUACACACUGGCCGAUGUGCUUUUUAGCAUUCCUCUGCCAGAACUCAUUCGAUUCUUCACUUUUCGAAUCUUCCGCCGAAGGGAAAUGGCACGCCUUCUUCUUUUCCAAAUUCUCGACUCACUCGUCACUAACUUAAGUGAAAUUCAGGAGGAGGCAGAGAAGUUGGCCGCUAAAGCAGAAGUUCUGGGAAUGUACGAUGAAAAUAUCUGGCGACUCCUUCCAAGUGUACUCUACAUGGAUAUUCUGAGAGCCUUCAGUGAGAUCAACAUAGCUAACCGAGAGUACCCAAAUACAGUGCUUAACGUGUUGCGGGCACAGGCAACCCUAAAGUAUCCUCUGAUGGAUGAGAAGACUCUAGCGAAUGUGCAAAACUACUGGGAGCAGAAUCCCUUCUUUGACGUCACCAUGGAAAGGGUGCCACGCCUGUCGUUCAACCUGCUACCCGCAGAGAAGGCAGCUGCAAAAUCGUUGGAAGUUAAGAAGGACAGUGCUAGUGGAAGCCUUCAUACAUCCAAUGAGCUCCCAGAAAUGGGUCUCAGUUUACAUCACACUCGCCCUACAUUAAUUAUGAAAAAUUUAUAG